AUGAAUAAAGCACACCAUGAAACUCUUCAUAUUUCAGUGAGAGUUACUGAUGUUCAAGUCACUGGACGUGGGGUUAAGACCAUUCAUAUUGACGGUGAACCUCUCAACCGUCCAGUUCGCAGCUUAUUCGAUAUUCGCCGCGUGUACCAGAAAGCGCUGCGGACUGCUGAGUUGGAGCCUCUAUUGAGCCAAGCCGAGAAGCCUUCCCGAGGAAUUGGUAACGAUCGCGUAGCAAAACUCCCUCCUGGCAUAGGCGUGUAUCCUACAUGGAGUUACCACAACCACCAUGGGAGAACAAUCAGCUCCCAUAAUGACUACCAUUACACCACCGCUCACUAUAGGGCACACUUUCAGGUGUUAAAGGCCCUAGGCUACUGGUUGUUGUGGAGCAAGAGGGAGAGAGAGAGACGAAGGGCGAAGGCUUGA